CAGCAGGUGGUGCUGCUGGAGCGCGGACGGGAUGUCCCCAGCUACACAGGAAGUAACGUUACAGCUACAAACAGUUGUUUGGCUAGUUAGCGAGUUAGCACGGCAGAUACAAUCUCUGACCCACGCUUAAACAAAGAUUGUAUAAAUUGAUAUAGAAACACUGGGAACGUGUGAAAGAUUGUUAUGUUGGUGCUCUUUUAAUAAUAAUCAAUGAAAUGUCCAGCAAAAAGAGAAGUCGACACAGGGAGAGCAGCACAGACCGCAAGAAACACAAGGAAUCCAAAGAUGACCUGGAGAAGCUCAAGGUUCAGACCAAGAAACUCAGCCAAGAAGUGCAGAAGCUGAAGCACAUCGAGACGUUUUACGAAAAACCGCCUCCCGGACUAAUAAAGGAGAGGGAAGAGAAACCAGAGGAUUGCAUCCCUGAAUCAGAGGAAAAUGAAGAUGCCAGGAACUUCCUGGCAAGUGCUCCGACGAAGGGGCUGUGGAUGCCCCUUGGGAAGGAGGUGAAGGUGAUGCAGUGCUGGAGAUGCAAGCGCUACGGCCACAGGACUGGAGAUCGCGAGUGUCCCUUCUUCACAAAAGGGAAUCAAAAACUGGAGCAGUUCAGAGUGGCACAUGAGGACCCGAUGUACGACCUGAUCCGAGAAAACAAGAGGAAUGAAAAGGAAUCUAGGAUCCAGCAACUUCAGCAGCUGCUCCAGGACACCACCUCCUCCGACUCGGACAGCUCCUCCUCCUCCUCCUCCUCCUCCUCCUCCUCCUCCUCAUCCAAGCAGCACCACAGCAGCAAGAAGAAGAAGAAGGACAAGGAGAAGAAAAAGGAGAAGAAGAAGAAGGGAAAGGCCGACAAGAAGCCUAAGAAGAAGAAGAGGCGAACACAAUCCCACAAGUCCUCCCGGACCGGGGGCUCUGACUGACCCCUGUAGACCCCUGCGCUGCGUGAUCUCCAGGGAGCGGCACAGAGACUUUGGUUGGCAUGCGGCCCGCCCGCGGUGUCCACGGCAACAGGGGGAGGCUGUGAUGCUGGCAUUCGGGGGCCCGCCGCAGCAGCCCCCGCCGCCUGCGUUGUGACUAACUUCAACCCCCACUCCCCCCCCCCCACCCGGCGGCCCUGACCCUUUGAUAGAAUAAUCUAUGGAGGUUAAAUCACUCGGCUUCAUUUCAUUUUGAUCCAGCGUUUGAAUCCCCUUGAAAUUCUCUUUAUUGGGUCACAAGCUACAGGGUGAUAAACAACUGCGUGUGCGCGUGUGUGUGUGUGUGUGGUCCUUCCAGUAGUGUCAAAGUGCACUAAUUGCAUGGCUUCUGAGUUGAGUCAGCCCGCUCUGUACGUAAUGUAAAGGAUCUUUCCUUUUUGGUCUUUGGGAGGAAAAUUAGUUGGCGAAUGCAGCAUGUCAUUAUCCGAUUGUAUUUUCAUUGAAUUGGCAUUUUUCUUCGGUGCCGUUUUGCUGGAAGGAAGGAUGCUAACCAUAGGAUUGUACAACAUGGUUGUUGGUUUGCCUUAUUUUAUAGUUCUUUGACAAAAGCAGAUGUUAAAGCCAACACAUGCAGGAAUGUUAAUGCUUAUGACUGUUGUAGCCUAUAAAACAUCAGUUAACUUAUCUGAAAAAGGGUUUCUUCUCCAAAAGUCAAAGCAACGAUGUAUAGGAUUUUUUUUUUCCUAUUUAUGGCAAACAAAUGACUGUUAUCCCGCUGUUGUUUGGCAAAUUCUAAUAAAAACAAAGUGUCAUAUCACCUUCGCUGAACAGUUUUCCAAUAGAACGCCAUCUUCCGUAAAGCCUAACCAGUCUUUUAUAACCUCCAGCGAAGCAUGAUUCACACUAAAACUUCACCUAUUUAAACCAAGCGCUCCGAUCUAAACCUCCGUAGCUCCGCUCCCCCUCAACGCGACCCGAACCACAGGUCUCUGGGCGGAGGCAGAACCAGACCCCCAGUGUGCUGAUGAUCCUCGUGUGUGGAGGGCUGGGUGGGCUGGACACACCGUGACCGCUACGGCGUUGCUGCUUGCACCAAAAAAACCUUUUUGUGUUCUCACACCGAGGUAGGAGACACCCCUGGCCCUUUCCCAGCCACAUCAAAGCCUCAAAAGAAGAUGGCUUCGCUGGCACUCUGGGCUGUCCUUAAUGAGCUGUGUGUUUUCAAAGGGAAUCCCUGAGGAAAUGAUUCAUUAGAAACAUUCCCCCUUCUUAAUGACCCUGAUGGAGAGACAAUUAGUCUGAGUCUGCGGGGAGCACAGACACAAUUUCAAUUUAGAUGUUUGUGUUGACGUUUUGUUAAGCGCCAUGCAUGGAGGCUGGUGAGUGUGUGUGUGUGUGUGGGGGGGGGAUGUGCAAAUAUGUCAGCAGUACGUGUUCCAUGCAAGCUAUGGCUUCAUAAAGCCUUAUCAGAACAUACUCUGGUUGACG